AUGAAGCUCCUCGCCGUCACUGCAGCCCUCGGCCUCACCUCGACCGUGAGCGGUUGCUUGCUUGAGCGUGAGAUCGCCGCUGAGCGCGAGUAUGCACUGACUGGCAAGCGCUCGGAGUACCACGCGCCACCUUCGUCGCGUCAAGCAUCGACCACAUUCCCCAUCGGCGAGGGCGACCGUUUCGCGGGCGGCUGCGUCACGCCCGUCGGUCUUGGCGUCAAUGACCGCGAUCUCGAAUCCGUCCUGGCGGUCAAGGAGGUCGGGUCUGCUCUCAAGGGCCUGAGAAGGGGCUUCCCCGACAAGGUGCAGCUCUUUGAGCCUCCCUUUGAGACCUAUGAAGGCCGCAAGUUCCCUGGUGCCAUCGUCGGCGACAACCCAAGGGUGUUCAUCAUGAGUGGCAUCCACGCGCGCGAGCGUGGUGGCCCCGAUAAUGUCAUCUACUUCCUGGCCGAUCUGCUGGCCGCGCAGAAGGCUGGCACGGGCGUGACAUAUGGCGACAAGAGCUACAGCGCCGAGGACGUUGAGAAGGCGCUGUCUGCCGGCGUCGUGAUCCUCCCUCUGACCAACCCGGACGGCGUGGCAUACGACCAGACCACCGACUCGUGCUGGCGCAAGAAUCGCAACCCCGAGUCUGCCGUUGGCGCCGCCAACGGUCGCGACAUUGGUAUCGACCUGAACCGCAACUACGACUUUGUCUGGGACUACAACAAGCACUUCUACCCCGGCACUGACCCUGCCUCGGAUGACCCUCGCAGUGAGGUUUUCUACGGCACUGGGCCGGCAUCCGAGCCUGAGACCGAGGCUGUUGUCUGGACUGUCGACCAGUACCAGAACAUCACCUGGUUCAUGGACCUGCACUCCUACGGUCCCAGCCUCCUCUAUGCUUGGGGAGAUGAUGAGACGUCCACUGAGAACCCAGACGAGAACUUUGUCAACCCCGAAUUCGAUGGCAAGCGUGGCCUCGUUGGCGGGCCCGACCCCCCUAACGCGACCUACAAGGAAUACUUCCUCGAGUCGGACCUCGAGAUCGAGACGGAGGUCACCAACGCCAUGGUUGCGUCCAUGCUCAAGUCCGGCGGCUCAGAGUACACAAACUACCCUGCCGUCGGUCUCUAUCCCACCUCUGGGGCUAGCAACGAUUAUGCCAUGGGCCGAUUCUACGGAAACGUCAGCUGUGGUGCCAGCCGCAUGUUCGGCCUGACCAUGGAGUUUGGCGAGCCCAGUUCCAGCUUCGCCAGCUGCCCCUUCUACCCCGAUGCCGACGAGUACCACCGCAAUGUGAGGCAGGUCGGCGCGGGCUUCCUAGAGAUGAUGCUCCGCGCGGCUGGCGAGGCUGGCGAUCCGUUGUACGCUGAGUGCUAG